AAUUUGAUCUUACCUUGGUGUUUGUGUUUGUUCAUGUGCAGAUGAUCCUACCUUGGUGUCAGGCCUUCCCUGAUUGUUGGGAGAGGAUCGUGGACAAGUGGCUAUCUGAGGAUUGGGCCGCGCAGCAUCAGGAGGCACGCGGCCGACGCAUGAUGAUGCCAGGUGUCUCGCACCACCAAGGCAGCCGCAACCUCGCCGCCUACGCCCAAGCAUAUGUAUGAGAACUCAUUUUUUUAUGCUAACCCAUAAGUCUGCAUUACUUGUAACGUUCUUGAUGUCUUCCUUGCAGGCAGCUGCACACCCAGGCUAGGAGGUGAACGAGUUCACGGCCUACGCCAUGGCCCACAAGGGGAAGGCCUCGUCCUCUAUCUCCUACAACCCGAGCGACCCGCCCGAGGCGUACACCAACGCGAGUGUGCACUCCCGUCUCUCUGAGUACACGGAGGCGGGAAGGUCAGUCCAUGGGCCAGAGUGGGAUCCGACCAGGAACGAGCUCGACACCGAGCUCGUGAUGAGGCUAGGCGGAGGCAAGAAGCACGGACGGUACUGGAUUGCGGACUCCGUCAUCGAUACCGCCUCCACUCCCACUCUCUUCCAGAUCCGAGCAGCUAGCACGGACGGCAGCGUCCCCAUACGCCAACGGACGACUCCUUCACAGCAGCGGGUCGAGGCACUCGAGGCGCGGGUGUUGGCAGCGGAUCAGCGGUCCUUGGACAUCGAGGCCCAGCUAGCUGCGGAGAGGGCCGAGCGGGCGGCCCAAGAUAGGUGGGUGGCGCAGUUGAUCUAGAUCGUCGCCAGGCUGGGCCCUCAGUGUGGGAUAUCGGUGGAUGAUCUGCUCGUCGAACCUACUCCUUCGCCGCAGCCUCAGCCUC